GCUGUCUUUCUAAGAUGAUAAUAUAAGAGCUUUCAAAUACUUAUAAAUAGGAAUGUCUGCUAACUCAGAAAUCGAGCCUUUUAACCCAUUGAAACGACAGCGACGCUCCAGGGUCGCCUGCGAACCGUGCAGGGAGCGUAAGCGAAAAUGUAACGGACGUCAACCAUGCGAGACAUGCAAUGACUUCCAAUACACGUGCUAUUAUGAUGUGGCCUCACGCAAGAAAAGAAACAAAAAUUUCAUUCUGGAUGGCUCAGCACCGAUCAGACCAGCAGCACAGGCGCAGCAGCAAGGAUCGUCAAUAUCAGAUGCCGCAACACCAUCGACGCAUUCUGCGGAAGAGCCGCCUGCAAGUAUGCCGGCUACACAGUCUAUUGAAUCUAACUCAGGGGCUGCUUUUGUGAGGGAGUUGGGUCUCAGAAUUGACCCAAUCAAUGCUCCAGAGCCUCAAGUCUUCGCGUGGAAUAUUGGUCUACGUCAAUUGCCCGGUAGCUUUUCCGCAUUGCCUAUUACCAACAUCAUUUCGCAGGACGAGAUGGUAGAACUAGCGCGGAUUUACUUCAGUAAGGUAAAUCCUUAUUACGGCUUCAUCGACCGAGAUACCUGCUUUGAACAUCUGAGUUCGAGGUGGCUUCGGUCGUCGACCUUUGAACCAUACGAUGUUGUUCUCUGUGGUGUAGCGGCAAUGGGGUAUCUGUUUUCUCAGAAGAAAGCAGUUCCUGCGGAACUUCGCUUGAUUGAGUCGGCCCGGUCAGACCUCGAACAGUGCUCGCUGUACGGGAUACCUUCUUCAACGGUGAUCUCAGGAUGGACUCUCAGACUUUCCUACAUGCGGCUGACAGCCUCGCCCCACACUGCUUGGAUGGCUAGCUGUUCGCUAUUACAUCUUAUCGAAGCAUCUGGGUUGCACUUAGACCCGUCGUCCAGGCCUGUCCUGAUAAAACCGCCACAAGAUAUCAAUGACGACAUUCGAAGGAGGCUAGUUGGCUUUGUACAGUACAUCAACACUUGGACAUCGUUCGAUCUAGGAAGAUCAAGAAUCAUCCUCCAUGGAGCAUCAUAUAACGUACCGGCGAGCCGAGAGGGCGACUAUACAGCUGAAAUGCUCAACCUCCUGCCCCUAUCAGAGAAUCUAGACCCACACAAAUCCGUUGAUUCUAACCAGCUGACCACCAUGCUCUCCAAUAUAAUUGAGAACAACCGUACGGAACAGCCGUCAGUGCUUUCCCAAUGUAACCUCGUUCUCUGUAUCUUCCGGCGCCUACGUGCAUUACAUUCGACUGUGUCGGUGGAUCUUAUGAGUCGUAUUCUGACUCUUAUCACAAAAUCGCUCGCCUGCGCCCGGGAUAUGGCGGAUGCAAAUUGCCCAUGGAGCCAUGUGGCCAACGUUCCAUUCCAAAUUGUCUGUACGCUGUUGGCAGUGGACAGCCCCGAGUCUAUAUCGCUAUUAGGCGAUGCCAUGCAGACUCUCAAACAUGUAGCGGACAUAUAUGACACCGAUACGAUGAGAGAAGCCUAUCGGAACGCUGGUCUACUUGUUCUUUUACAACAGAAGAGAAAGGACCAUGAUGCGAGGCAACUCAGCAGCGUUCUUGAUUUGCAUUUUGCUCCUCCUGUUGAGUCUAACAAGGAAAUCCCGGAGAAGAGGCGGCAAAGUACCAUGGAAGAUUCUGAAUAUCUCAGGGACAUGGUGGCUGAUAUGCCUAGUUCUGAGACUUUUGAUUUUGAUCAGUUUUUUAUUGCGGAUAAUCCUUGGGAUUUUCUUGGGUCGAUUGCUGGAUGAGAUCUUGUUUAUAUGGAUUCUUAUAUCGAUAUUUGGUUACGAUUGUACAUACCUGUCUCGCUAAUGAAAUAAAAACGCCACUCUUUACUCACGC